UUCUGAAGUCAGAACUUUACAGGAUAGAGUUUAAUCUUGUUGAGCAAGUGAACAGUGAGAUCUACUUGAAAGUCAUGCCUAAAGAGAACAAAUAUAGCAGGAAGUUCCUCCAAUCGUAAUGAAUCAAAACAUCACAUACAGUUAUUUAACGUAUGGGUUCACAGGUGUAUCUCCAGUAUCUAUAUUUCCCAGUGCACUUGAAGACAACAAUAUUUAUUCGAUGACAACUGCAGGAGUUGAUGUGAUCAUGGAUGUGAUGACGUCUUCCCUACUGGGGGAUCUUUCUCACAGGAAAAACUGCGUCAAGCUCAACAGAAACACACAGAGUAAAACCGGGAAAAGAGUGAAUAGUAUAGUAAAUUGCCUGUUUUUUUUUUUUUUUUUUUUUUUUUUUUUUAAAAAGUCGUUACAAAACAAUUCACAUAAUACUGUAUGUGAAUUGUGUGUGUAGACCUCAGAUGGUAUAAUAUUUAUUGGAUUCAAGCAUGUAAAGGAUUAAUUGGUCACCAUUUUAAACAAACAUGUAGCCUACCUGUCUUUAAAAUCUGCAUGAUUUGUAAUCGAAACUUGAAAGUGCCCGAAAGAAUAAAACGCAUAAGGUCAAAAUAAAAAAUAAAGAAAACUAUAAAUAUCAUUAAGUUCUCCCAGGAAAUUCGAUUAUCCUCUGAUAAAUAUCGCAAAAUGUCACGCUCAUGCUUAUGGGUUUUAUUUCGAAAAUUGCAACCGGAAGUCAUUUUAUUUCUGCCUGACUUCACAUUUUAAUUGUCCCCACACGGAGGGCGAGGAGUGUUCAGUUUUAGCAACUCUUCUUCAACUCUUUGGACACUUUCUGUAUUGCUGUGAUUCUGUGUACUUGAAAGGAUAAGUGAUACGUGUUUACACCCCAUUAAAUCCUCUCUUUACUACCCGGCUCCCACUAACGGUGUGCAGGCUGUUUUUUUCCUAAUCAACAUUAGUCCGUUAACGUUUUUCGUACGGCAGACCUCUCCAGAUACAACGAUGGAACCCAGAGGAUUUUAUCUCAGUUUUUCAUUUUAUCGAAAGGAAACUGGGAAAUAGCACGAGCGUUACCAAUGAUUUCAAACUUCUGUGGUUGUUUACAAAAUGAGUGGGAGAAAUGGGACUCUACUAGCACAAGAAGGCCCGUGAAGAGAUAAAGGAAGCAACCGUAAACCUUGUGGCGCCCUUGCUUCAGAUGGUCAUUUGUGGAUUAAUUAAUACCUGAAUCUGUGGAUUUUUGCUUUCAUCUUUGCAAGGAAGUCCGUGAUGCAUUCCGUUAUGGAGAACUGAGGGUUGGCUGAAACUUGCCCCCUCUCAUCAUGCUGGCUCUGAGACUGGAGCAGGGCAGGCGGGGGGCUGGUGAGGUUGACCGUUUGCAGAAAGAGGCCACCUCUGCCUGGCAGGAGCGGCAGCCUGGGAGGCCACCUUCUCUUGGCAACAUCAGGGAGAAGAUCUCCCAGUGGGAAGGUCGUAGUCAACAGGGCAACAACCAGGAUGCUGGAGUGAGAGCGCACCCUCCGUGUGUAUUCCGAACUCUGUCUGGAGACCUCCUGGACAACAGAUGUUUCAACGAGGUUUCAAGAGGAGGGCUACAGGCAAAAUCCAGCCUCUCCAAAGCAAAGAACUUUGGGUUAGAUUUUCGGGAAUCCCCAGCACAAAUCGGGCACAGCGUGGUUGGUAGGAAGUCAGAACCUCUGCAGAAAUCUGCCACUGAAUUUUCAACCACAUCACCGGGAAAACCUUCCAAAACUGAGGCAAAUGCCGUAAUCUCUGCAGUGAAACAAAACAUUACUGCCAAUGGUGAAAAAAUGGGACGCAUCUUGGAUAUUGAAUCAGUCUCUAAAUCUCUACCUCUCUCAACGGAUGACCAAGAAGACAACAUGCCCGCUGGAAACUUCUACACUUCACGGGGUUUCUGGCGAAAGCUUGAGGGAGACCGACUGCUCUGGGAAAAAGGCAGGGAUUCUUCAGGUGAACCUCAACCCCCUCCCAAACCUCAGCGAACAUUCCAGUAUCGGGGAGCCAACAACAACAACAGCACGGGGCACACAGUGCAGUGGGACAGUAGAUCGCCUCAUAACAACCACUCCAACGUGAGGAACAGGAGGGUAGCUCAGCCUCCUAACUUCCCACCUCCUCCGUGUCCAGUUACAAAAGCUGAAGGACUUUCAAGGCAUAAAAAGAACAGGAAGUCCUUUGAGUAUGAGGAUGCGGCGCGUCUCACAGUGCAGCGAGGCACGCUGGGAGACGAGGCCAGACACUCGGGUAUUUACCAUGCCUACUCUGAUGACAACAUUUACGAGGAUAUCGUGUUGACCAGCGAUAGCCCCUAUGAGGAUGUCAAGCUGUCUCCCACGUGUCUUCCUAUUUCAAGGCAACACGUCCCAAAGUUGCCUCCUAAACCCCAAACAUUGCACGUCUAUACGGGCAAAGCAGAAAGGAAGGUAUUAACAGCGUCCAAAUCUACAACCCUUGCAGAUAAACCAGCUGCACCCCGACGCACAAGCAUACAAAAAACACACAGGACAUCUCAGUAUGUCAACAAGAUCGAGACCAUCUUUGACGACAAGAGAGGGAGGAAGAGAGUGAAGAACCAAGGAGUCUUAGUGCGAGCAGAGGAGAACAGCGGGACAGAGAGCGACCCUGAGGACAGCACCAAAGGAGGCUCCAGAAGAUCAGUUUACAAACAGUCUACACUGAAACGUCGGCCAGGCUACCGCACCCUGGAAAAAGACUUGAUCCAGUUGCAGCAGCAGCAGCUUUUCCAGAUCUUUGUUGUGGUGUCGCUGAGAAAAGCCUCCUCAGGAAACACAUACUCUCCUGAAAUUACACAACAGUUCCCCAAAAUGUUUGAGAAGUCAUCCCGGCUCUCCAAAGAAGCUGAGGAUCAGCUGAAUGUGAUUCCCAAAUUCUGUUUCCCCGAUUCUCAGGACUGGAAGCCCUCUGCUCACAUGCCAAGUGAGACCUUUUCUUUUGUGCUGACUGGAGAGGACGGCAGCCGCUGGUUUUGUUACUGCCGUAAGAUCCUGCCCAGUGGAAAGGGGAAGAGACUCCCUGAGGUGCACUGUAUUGUCAGCAAGCUGGGCUGUUUCAACCUGUUUGCAAAGAUUCUAGAAGAGGUGGAGAGGCGCAGAGAAAUUUCCUCAGCUCUGGUUUACCCUUUUAUGCGUAACGUGAUGGAGGCCCCUUUUCCAGCCCCCGGACGCACAGUCACCAUCAAGAGCUUCCUCCCUGGCUCCGGGAAUGAGGUACUGACUCUGUGUCGACCGGUGGACUCCAGGCUGGAGCAUGUGGACUUUGACAGUCUGCUGCAGUGUCUCAGUGUCGGUAAACUCCUGCAAGUGUUCGCUUCCCUUCUGCUUGAGAGGAGAGUCAUCUUCAUUGCUGACAAACUCAGUGUGUUGUCUCGAUGUGGCCACGCAGCGCUGGCGCUGCUGUACCCGUUCACUUGGCAGCACACUUUUGUGCCCGUGUUACCAGCCAGCAUGCUGGACAUUAGCUGUUCCCCCACCCCGUUCCUCAUCGGGGUGCUGGCACCCUGCCUGCCACAGCUGCUGGAGCUGCCCAUUGAGGAGGUGCUCAUAGUGGAUCUGUGUGCAGACAAGUUUGUCAUUCAGCUGGGUGAUGAAGACUGCAUCCUGCCUAGUAAACUGCAAGCAGCACUACAGCAGAUCCUGGAAGAGAGAGAAGAUAUCCUGAGAAAAGACACCGGAGGCACACACGGAGACCGGCAGGCUGACCUGAGCUCCCUGGUGUCAGAGGGCUUUGUGCGGUUCUUUGUGGAGAUGGUAGGCCACUAUCCUCUCCACAUGGUCGAGUCCUCCAGCGGAAGCAAGGAACUCCAGCGCGACUCCUUCCGUAAAUCCCACCCCUCCCGCGGGGUCCGCCAGUUCUUGCAGCUCUUCAUGGACACGCAGAUGUUUGCUGGCUUCAUUCAGGACAAAGAGCUGAGCAAAGGAGGAGGAAGAGGUCUCUUUGAAGUGAGAGUGGCCGAGUAUCUGGAUUCAUGCCCUGAACCUGAGCCAAGUGGCGUGAACAGAUUUCUUAAAGGACUGGGAAACAAGAUGAAGCUCCUGCAAAUGAAAUGAAAAAGAGCUCCACUUCAGCUUGUAAAUGAAAGACUAUGUCGCUGCUGAAUUAGACAGAAGAAAUGAUUGUGGAGUAAAGCAUGUGAAUGUGAGCAGGAAGAAUUUAAAUAUGUUACAGGCCUGCAUGUCUGACAGCAGUGCAUUUCUCAUUGGAUGAAAACUGGAAAAAAUUUUUAAGUUGUUUGUGAAAACAACAAAAUGUCAAUUUAAAAGGAAACUUGUUUACUUUUCAUAUAUUUGGAUCAGGAUAUUUAACUCUAAGGCUACAUUUCAGUCUUGUAAGUACUCAACAGGCUAUGUGCAUGGGUUGUUAAUGUUGUUGUUUUUUAAUCAUUUUUAUGUAAAUAUCCUCCUCAUGAUAUUCCUUUCAGCACAGGCUGUACAGUCUUUGAAUAGUUUCUGUUUGCAUUUCAGAUUUAGGUGAGGUUUAUUAAUUCAAGACAUUUUAAAGUGUUAAUCUCAUCCAAAUCAGUGUGCUUUGAUACUUUCUAUCUGUGACUUUCUCCCUGUUAACUGGAGCCGUACAUAUAUAUUUUUUUUUUACAUUUUGCACAUGGUCAGAACCAAUGUACAGUAUUUGGAAUAUUUUUGUAUGAAAGCAUGAAGUGUCCUACAUACUUUUUAAAUAAAUAAGUUCCCAAGGACUGUAUGAAA